AUGGAGAUGUCGGGCUUCACUCCAGAGCAGCUAGACGUCCGAGAAGCUGUUUCCAAAAUCUGUUCGAAAUAUCCCGACGAAUACUGGUCUCAACAUGACGAGUCCGGCGAGUAUCCCCAUGAACUACAUACUGAUUUAGCAAGAGAUGGAUGGAUUGGUAUUGCAUUGCCAGAAGAGCUUGGCGGGGCUGGGUUGGGUAUCUCUGAAGCCACCAUGAUGCUUCAUACGAUUGCUGAGUCUGGAGCUGGCAUCGCAGGAGCCCAAUCGAUUCAUGCAAACGUAUACGCAACGCAGCCUGUUGCCAAAUUCGCUACACAGGAGCAACGACAGCGCAUGCUUCCCAAGCUGAUAGCCGGAGAAUCGAGAACGUGUUUUGGCGUGACCGAACCCAACACGGGUCUCGAAACGCUCAAGCUUCGCACUGUAGCCAAGAAGUCCGGCGACUCCUACUUAAUAUCAGGACAAAAGAUAUGGAUCUCCUCCGCCCAAGUCGCUACCAAAAUGGUUCUCCUCGCGCGCACCACUCCUCUCGAAGAAGUCACCAAACCCUCAGAAGGCCUGUCUCUUUUUUUCAUUGAUCUUGACAAAACCUCCCCAGGUCUAGAACUCAAACGCAUCAAAAAGAUGGGCACUCGCGCCAUCGACGCCAACGAGAUAUUCUUUGACAAUUUCUGCAUCCCUGCUGACACGCUCAUUGGCUCUGAAGGCCAGGGUUUCAAGAUCGUCCUCCACGGUAUGAAUGCAGAACGCUGUCUCCUUGCCGGGGAAGCUCUAGGACUCGGGUAUGCCGCCUUAAAACGGGCAUCCACUUAUGCGCGGGACCGCAUCGUCUUUGGCCGCCCGAUUGGUAUGAAUCAAGGCAUUCAGCACCCUCUUGCAUCUGCAUAUAUGCAUCUUGAAGCCGCGAAACUGGCUACCUACCAUGCAGCCCGGCUCUACGAUAGCAGCUCCAAGGAUCCUUCCAUUACACAGCACACCGUUGGCAUAGCCUGCAAUUCUGCCAAGUACCUAGCAGCAGAGGCAGCCUUUACAGCGUGUGAACGCGCUGUGCUAACACAUGGAGGGAUGGGGUAUGCGCAGGAAUACCAUGUAGAGAGGUAUCUGAGAGAGGUAUUUGUACCGCGUAUAGCUCCUGUUAGUAGGGAGAUGAUCAUGAACUACAUCGGGGAGAAGGCAUUAGGGCUACCUCGCAGCUACUAG